GUCCCUCCAUGCUUAUUAUAGUUCCUAAUUUCCUAUCCAUCUUCUCUCCACUUGUUCUUUCACAUUUUCUUCUUCUAAUUCUUACUUUUAUCUUAUAGACUUAUGUAUAGCUUAGUUUGAGGAUCAUAUUUGUCAAGAUUCAAGAAAUAGAUUUAAGUAAAGAAGAUAAAAUUGCAGCAAAGGUUUCGGCAUUUUAACUACAAUUAUCGUGGAUUUUGAAGAAGUUCGAAGAAGAAAGCAGACAAUGUUACAAGACGUGUUGAAUCAUCCCGAACAACAACAACAACAACUUCCUGUUCAAGAGAUUUCGAGCCCUCUUAGUGCUCAAAUUCUGGAGUUUUGUGAAUCUGAAUUGUUUCCAGAGACAUUGCAAAACUCUGAAGUUGCUUCAAGUUCAAAUUGCUGCUACGAGGAGCACUCUUCAUAUACGACUAAUGUUCCUUUUAAUACUCCAGAAGUUAGCAAACUUUCGGAUAGCAUAGCUAACAAUGUCACAAGAAAGCCAUUUAGCAAUGCUCCUCCACCUAUGAGUGCAGAAAACAACACUAACACUAGCAAUCUGUCAAUAAUUUUUGAUUCAGCCGAAGAUUUUGACAAUGAUAUCUCUGCUUCUAUAGACUUUUCUUCCUCUCCUACUGCACUAUCUGUUCCUCAAUUUACCAAUUGUCAGCAGCAGCAGUUCGACAUCUCUUUGUUGCAAACUCAAUUAGGAGUUGCUGAUAAUGCUGUUGACGCCUCCCUCUCACAGUACGCGAAUGGCCCUGUUGUGCCUCAGAUUAUGGGACCACCAUUCCCUGCACUUAAUGAAGAUGAAUGCUUAUCUUCAAUGCCAUCUUACAUGAGGAUGAAUCAUUCGUCGCCUACAUGCUCGUUUCUUGAUCCGGGAAUAAACUCAUAUCUGCAAAGUAAUCUGAAUGGUACUUUAUCUACUGAAAGUUCAGGAAUUUUCACUGGGAAUCUGUUUCUUGGAACUGAUCUGCAGCCUCAAGAAUUGGAUUAUCAAGGAGAUAAUGGUGGCCUUUUCUCUACAGAACCUCUGUCACGCGUAUAUAAUAGCAAUCUUCAGGCGCUUAGCAACGAGAGCCAACAUCUUGUUAAUGGCGGUGCAAAUGCUACUCCUCUGGCUUCUGAGAUCACAAGCUUGGAAGAUUCUACCUUCAAAGUUGGAAAACUUUCAGCUGAAGAGAGAAAAGAAAAGAUCCAUCGAUACAUGAAGAAAAGGAACGAGAGGAAUUUCAGCAAGAAAAUCAAGUAUGCUUGUCGAAAGACACUUGCAGACAGCCGGCCUCGUGUCAGGGGAAGGUUUGCAAAGAAUGAUGAUUUUGGAGAUCCCACCAGAACUACUAGCAGCACACAUGAAGAGGACACAGACGAAGAUGUCAGAUCAAUUCGUGUUGUUGUGAAGGAGGAGGAUGACAUGGUCGACUCUUCGGAUAUAUUUGCACAUAUAAGUGGUGUGAAUUCAUUCAAAUGCAACUAUUCCAUUCAAUCUUGGAUAUGAAAAUCAAGUAAUGAACCACAUCUUCUGCAGUUUCAGGCAGGGCCCUGUUUUCAUCAGGAUAGAGUAUUGAUCCUGGAACAAAUAGCGGAUAAAUAAUCGAGGGUCAUAUAUGUGG